UGCAGCCUGUAGAUGGAGCGAAGUGAAGGAGGAGAGAGAGGUGCUGAAGGAGUCACACAGAAGCUGCACGCAGCACUGAGAUGCUGUUGCAGGGCUGAGAACACAGGGCUGCAUGGAGAGAGUUGUCAGUGAACGGCACAGGUGGAGCAUGGGAGCGGAACGCAAAUGACGGGGGUGUCAGCUUGUCGUCAGCAAAGAGGACAAAGGGUCUGAUAAGGGACUCCUGGACAGCGUGGAGAUGUACGCUUUCUACUCCCUUUUAGUCUACAUCUUCUACACUGUCUUUAAGAAGGAAGAGGAUGAAGCCCUGGAGGGGGCAUGCGGAGCUGCCACCGACGAGCCAAGGCCUGUUUCCAUGGAAACAGGGAGAAUGAAGAGAGAUGGCCACACCCCCAAAAUGGGGAGAAAAGCUGGUGCUGGCCUGAGUGAAUCAAGCAGUAGCAGCGACAGUGACGAAAUGAGCGAUGAAGAUGAAGACGUCGACGGCCCUGACAUCCCUGCAUGCACUCCCCUCGCUGCCUUUUUGUCUUUCAAGCAGGAGACAGAGAAGAGGAGAGCCUCCCAAGUUCAGCCGGAAGCAACGGGAAAGUUGGCAGAGUCUCCCCUGAUGGCGGUGAUGUCCCACUUGCUGAGUUUUCUGGAGCAGUACUCUCACUUCCAACAGCUGCAGCAGCAGGCCGACCAGUACCGGGUCCAGCUAAAGAGGCACCGCGUCCAGCACCGGCGUCAGAUGAAGGCCCUCCGCGCUUCCUACCGUCAGCGCCUCCGGGACAAGAACAGCAUCAUCAGCAGCCUGGAGGACGCCAUCAGCCAAGAACAGAGCCCAAGCCCGCUGAGCGAGGGUGAGUCUAACAGCGAUGCAGGGACACAAGCGGGUGUCCACAGGCUGGUGGAGUCUCUAUACGGCCUUCAGGGUGAGAGGAGCAAGCUGAGGGGAGAACUCCGCCUUCUGCACUCACAGCUGGAGCAGAAGGAAAGAGACAGACACUCUCGUAUACAAGCCUUUCAACAACAGAUUGAUGAGCUCAAGAGCUGCAUUGAAGAGCGUGAGGAGGAGCUGACGAGACUCAAAACGGCCACUGGGGCCACGGACUCAGAGAAGCGGGUGCUGUGUCUGUCAGCCGAGAACGAGAGUCUGAAACAGAACCUGAGCGUCACCCAGGGGCUCCUGCAGCAGCUCUCGGCCAUCCCCUCCCAGUCCAGCACCAUGCUCAUCAAGGAGAACGAGAACCUCCGCAGCAGAGUGCAGCAGCUGGAGAUCUCUCUGCAGCAACGCGUCGAGCAGCUGUCACAUCUGGAGCGACAGAGCGAACAAAGCGAGUGGAGGAGAGGAGAGGAACUGAGGAAACGAGAAGACAGAGUGAGGGAGCUGCAGCUGGAGUUGGACAGGGAACGGGGCAAGGAGCCAGUUGUGAAGUACGUGACACAGACCGUGGAGGUGGAAUCACCAGCCACAUUAAAGCAGCUGAGCAAAGCCAGACAGCGGAACGAGCUGCUGUCCCAGAGGCUGUCCAAUCAGAAUGAGCAGUGCAAACAGCUGGAGGAACAGAUCAGGAAGUCAGAUGAAUACAGCUGUAAUCUGCAGCACAAGAUUGCUGCAUACGAGCGAGAAAUCAGUAAGCUGAGAGAGGAACUGUUGAAGGAGAUUGGACACUUGGAGGAGAGGAAGGAGGAGGCUGUGAAGGCCGCUGCCAGCUGCUCGGCAGAACACUUUCAGGACCUGCAGGACCAGUUCUUCGGUCUGCAGAAGCGCCUUACAUCACUCCCUCCCACUCUACGCUCCAUGAAGACAGACUACGCCAGUCUGAGGAGCCAGGUUCGGAACUUCUCAGAUUUUUAUGGAUCUGCUAUCAACGAAGCAAAAAAACAGAUUUCGGCAGCUAUUCAUGAAAUGUCUGAAGCCAACAAAGAUCUUCUGGAGAAAUAUAGGAAAGAGGUGGCACUGCGCAGAAAGUACCACGAGCAGCUGGUGGAGCUCAAAGGCAACAUUCGCGUGCUGUGUCGAGUGAAGCCUGUGCUGAAGGAGGACCAGCAUGAGGAGGGCCAGUCCGUGGUUGUGACGACAGACCCCCACAACGAGUCCUCGCUCAGCGUGCUGAGUAAAGGAAAGGGUCGCAUCUUUGAACUGGACAAGGUCUUCCAUCCACAGGCCACGCAGGAAGAGGUCUUUCAGGAGAUCGAACCCCUUGUGACGUCCUGCAUUGACGGUUACCAUGUCUGCAUAUUUGCAUAUGGACAGACAGGCUCUGGAAAAACCCACACUAUGGAGGGCAGUGUGGAGAACCCGGGCAUCAACCAGCGGGCCCUGAAACAUCUCUUCAGCGAGAUCGAGGAGAGGAAGGACAUGUGGUCGUACACCGUCACAGUGAGCUCUGUGGAGAUCUACAACGAGGUGCUAAGAGACCUCCUGAGUAAGGACGGAGAGAAGCUGGACAUAAAGAUCAACCCGGACGGGACAGGGCAGCUGCAUGUGCCGGGCCUCAGGGUCAUCGAGGUUAAGAGCUUUCAGCACAUCAAGAAGAUUUUAGCCACAGCCAGAAGGAACCGGAUCACCUUCGGCACGCAGAUGAACCAGCACAGCUCCCGCUCCCAUGCUCUGCUUUGCAUCACUGUUCAGGGCACCGACCUCGCCACAGGAUCCAAAACCACAGGCAAGUUGAAUCUGGUGGACCUGGCUGGCUCAGAGAGGGUUUGGAAGUCUGGUGCAGAGGGAGAGAGGCUGAAAGAGGCCCAGAAUAUCAACCGCUCCUUGCUGGCACUGGGAGACGUGAUUCAGGCCCUUAGGGCUCGGCAGACUCACAUCCCCUUCAGGAACUCCCGCCUUACCUAUCUAUUACAAGACUCUCUGGGCAAAGGCAGCAAGACUGUCAUGGUGGUGCAAGUGUCUGCUCUGGAGAGUAAUGUGGGAGAGACGCUGUGCUCUCUGAAGUUUGCUCAGAGGGUGUGCAAGGUGGAGCUGGGCCCUGCAGCCAGGAAGAUUGAAGCCGGCGGAGGACAGUGCGACUGAAAGCUUUCGCUUCGUCGCUGAAUGAAGCCGAUUGCUUCACAUCAUAUCGCUACAGCGUCAACAAGAUCAGCAGCAAUCCUGCUAAAGGGCUAACCCUGCGGAGGUCUUUAAUGAGGAUAUUAGCCUCCUCCUCUUUGCCAUUUUCUGCUUCUAUUAAGUGAUAACCCUUUAUCAUCGGAUAAUCUGCAUGCAGGAGUAUUUUCUUCUUCCACUCUGAGUGCCAAAACAACCUCUCGACUCCCACACAGUCUACGAUUUGAUGCUUCCUUGAACCACGGCGUCUCAGUUUAAUUUCAUCGAGUGCUAAUUUUAUCUCCAGAGUAGAUCCCAUCCUCAGCGACCAUCACAGUGUUAAGAGCUGCAUCAUGUUCAGACAGGUUCAACCAGCUUCCAGCGCCACUCUUCAGGUUUUGCAGUAUUAAUCAUUCCGCUUUAAAUGUCUGUAGUUUGUGAGCUUCAUUGCCAGCGUGGUAUAUUUUUAAAGGUUGUAGUGUGUAGGAGAACAUGUUUCGUAGCAGAAAUGCGGGCAAUCAACAUGUCAACGACACUUAAGUCACAUGUUCGCGUAGUUUUCGUGAAUUUCAGAAGAGCAAUGAUUGAAUGCUCCGCCUUAGAGCCUUGAUUAUUUGCCUUUUGAAGACAGAGGAAGGGAGCAGGCGGCCUGUAUAUAACGAACGGUGCAAUAUCCUCUCCGGAGGAGAGAGAGUUUGGGCCUACGUGGACAGAAGAUGCACUUUAUUGUGAAAGAAGUGGAGCGUUUCAGUUCAGGUGCUUGCAGUAGAUAUCACUAGUGAAUGUCAUACCAAAUACAGCGUACUGUUCGUAUGUGUUCCUCUAUUUAUCACCCACACCGGAUCAAAACUUAACCUUUGAUCCAAAUGUAGCAAGACACUGAUGUUGCGGUUGAGUGCAUAGGGGUCACUUCAUCAUAAGUAGAGAGUGAGUUUUCAGACCAUUUUCUGAAUAAAUAUUAUGUAUUAUGUAAAAUGAGUUUUUUUUUUUUCUCUUAUUGGAUGCUCUGUGACGAAACUAUUAGAAAAUAACAAGUCAUGCAACUUAACGACA